CGGAUGUGUGUCACCUUCACUGGUACCUGUCCUACUUCGGCGAUGACAGUAGAGUCAGAGAGCAGUGCAGUCUAAGCAAUGAGUCAGUUGCGGGCGUUGGCGGGUGUCCUGCGGGGCGGAUGUGCAGGGGGAAGCCAGUGGUUGCGCGGGUGUGGUGGAGGGGCCCCGGCCUGCAGGCGCCGCUGGGUCGAUCCCAGGAGAGGCUGCUCCUCCGGGGCUGCGCCUGUUCCCUCAGCGGUGGCCAGCUGCUCCAGCUAUGUGGAGGAGAUGUACUUUGCCUGGCUGGAGGAUCAUAAAAACGUCCACGAGUCCUGGGACACAUUCUUCCGUAACAUCCAGGCCUCCAGCCCAUCUGGCGAGGCGGGUGAAGGACGCCCCUCCGCUCUGUUCCAGGGCCGAGUUCUGUCCCACUCACCAGACAUGGCACAGAAAGUGGUGGAGGACCACCUGGCUGUGCACACUCUCAUUAGAGCCUACCAGAUCCGUGGUCACCAUGUUGCUCAGUUAGACCCUCUGGGAAUCCUGGACACUGACCUGGACUCCUUCGUUCCCUCUGACCUGAUCACCACCAUCGAUAAAUUAGGUUUCUAUGGUCUUGAUGAGUCUGACUUGGACAGGAGCUUCCAGCUGCCCCCUACCACCUUCAUCGGAGGAGGAAACACCACUCUGCCUCUGAAAGAGAUCAUACGCAGACUCGAGACAUCCUACUGUGGUCACAUAGGAGUGGAAUUCAUGUUCAUAAACAACGUGGACCAGUGUCAGUGGAUCCGCAAGAAGUUUGAGACUCCAGGGAUCUUGCAGUUCACUAAUGCUGAGAAGAGAACUUUGCUCGCCCGCCUGGUCAGAUCCACACGGUUUGAGGACUUCCUGGCCAGGAAGUGGUCUUCAGAGAAACGUUUUGGUCUCGAGGGCUGUGAAGUGUUAAUCCCUGCUCUUAAAAGCAUCAUUGACAAAUCGAGUGAGGCGGGCAUUGACAGUGUGAUCAUGGGGAUGCCACAUCGAGGUCGAUUGAAUGUCCUCGCUAACGUGAUCCGUAAGGACCUGGACCAGAUAUUCUGCCAGUUUGACCCUAAGUUAGAGGCAGCUGAUGAGGGUUCAGGUGAUGUCAAAUACCACCUUGGGAUGUACCACGAGAGGAUCAACCGUGAGACUGACAAGAACAUCACGCUGUCCCUCAUGGCCAACCCCUCCCACCUUGAGGCGGUGGAUCCAGUGGUUCAGGGAAAGGCCAAAGCUGAGCAGUUCUACAGAGGAGACACAGAGGGGAAGAAGGUCAUGUCCAUCCUGAUGCAUGGAGAUGCUGCUUUUGCUGGACAAGGAGUUGUGUACGAGACCUUCCACUUAAGUGAGCUUCCCUCCUACACGACACAUGGUACAAUCCAUGUGGUGGUCAAUAACCAGAUUGGCUUCACCACAGACCCUCGGGUCGCCCGCUCCUCUCCUUACCCCACUGAUGUCGCCCGGGUUGUGAACGCACCCAUCUUCCACGUGAAUGCUGACGACCCUGAGGCCGUCAUGUACGUUUGUCGGGUUGCGUCAGAGUGGAGGACCACCUUCAACAAGGAUGUCGUCAUUGACCUGGUUUGUUACAGACGUUUUGGACAUAACGAGAUGGACGAGCCCAUGUUCACUCAGCCACUGAUGUACAAACAGAUCUGUCGGCAGGAGCAUGUGCUGAAAAAGUACUCUGACAGGCUGAUUGCUGAGGGAGUGGUGACACUGCAGGAAUUUGAGGAAGAAGUUGCCAAAUAUGACAAGAUAUGUGAGGAGGCAUACACCAGCUCGAAGGAUGAAAAGAUCUUACACAUUCGACACUGGCUCGACUCCCCCUGGCCUGAUUUUUUCACAGCGGAGGGAGAACCCAAGAGCAUGAGUUGUGUCUUCACCGGACUGGAGGAGAAGGUUCUGCAGCACAUUGGCCAGACUGCCAGCUCAGUGCCUCUGGAAGACUUUAAGAUCCACUCUGGUGUGGCUCGUAUCCUGCGCGGUCGUGCAGACCUGGUGAAGAAUCGUCAGAUGGACUGGGCUCUAGGAGAGUAUAUGGCCUUUGGUUCUCUCCUCAAAGAUGGCAUCCAUGUGCGACUCAGUGGGCAGGAUGUGGAGAGGGGCACCUUUAGUCACCGUCAUCAUGUUCUGCACGACCAAGAGGUGGACAAACGUACUUGUGUUCCCAUGAAUCACCUGUGGGCCGACCAGGCUCCCUACACUGUGUGCAACAGCUCCCUGUCAGAGUACGGAGUGCUAGGUUUUGAGCUCGGCUUUGCCAUGGCCAAUCCAAAUGCUCUGAUCCUAUGGGAGGCUCAGUUUGGGGACUUUCACAACACGGCCCAGUGUAUCAUCGACCAGUUCAUCAGCUCGGGCCAGGCCAAGUGGGUCCGUAACAAUGGUAUCAUCCUUCUGCUGCCACAUGGGAUGGAGGGAAUGGGUCCUGAACAUUCUUCAGCUCGACCCGAACGCUUCCUACAGAUGAGCAAAGACGACCCCGAUCACUUUCCUGAGUUUAAUGGAGAUUUUGAAGUCCAGCAGCUGCACGACUGUAACUGGAUCGUGGUGAACUGCUCCACGCCUGCUAACUACUGUCAUGUGCUCAGACGGCAGAUUCUGCUGCCGUUCAGAAAACCGUUGAUUGUUUUUACUCCAAAAUCUCUGCUGAGGCUACCGGACGCAAGAUCCAGUUUUGAUGACCUCGCUAAAGGCACUAGAUUCAAGAGGCUGAUUCCCGACGAGGGUCCUGCAAAUCAAAGCCCAGGUCAUGUGAAGAGGGUGAUUUUCUGCACUGGUAAAGUCUACUACGAGCUGGCUAAAGAGAGAAAACUGCAAAACCUGGAGAAAGAUGUCGCCAUUGUCAGACUUGAACAGAUCUCUCCAUUCCCGUUCGACUUGGUCAGAGCAGAGGCAGAAAAGUUUGCCAACGCUGAGCUGGUCUGGUGUCAGGAGGAGCACAAGAACAUGGGUUACUAUGAUUACGUCCGGCCACGUUUCCUCACAGUGGUGUCCAACAAGAAACCCGUUUGGUACGUGGGACGGGACCCUGCAGCCGCGCCUGCAACAGGGAACAAGUCCACCCACCUGAAUGAGCUGAGGAGGUUCAUGGACACUGCUUUCAACCUGAGUGCUUUCCGGGGGAAGCACUUGUAGUGGAGACCUGGAGUGAGAACCAGGCUGGAGGUGCAGUUUCAUCUCCGACCACCAUAGUUUAAUUAUUAUUUCUUCACAUGGCCAGAUUUAUGAUAGACUGGAGCACAGUCUGGUGUCAGUAAACAUAAUCCUAACAAGAAAGAUAUGUUUUCAACACCGACUGACUUGCUGAACUGUGAUAUCAGGAGCAACAUGGAGGACAGUCUAGAGCCAGCAAACUGUUGGGGCUAGUGCUCACUGCUGUUCCCUGGUCAUGCAUGUCAAAUUAAAUCAAUUCAUAUUUGUUUAUAUGCCCAAAAUACAUCUUUUUCUAUAUUUCCUUAAUUUGUAGAAGGAAAUGUUCUCAGAAAAAUCAUCAUCAUCAUGGAGUCUGAUCCCAACUUUAUUGUGAGAAUCUGCACUAUAUUUAAUCAUAUACCACAUAAACAAUCAUUAACCAUUUAAUCAUAUACCACACGGUGUAAAGAAAACUAGAAACACCUUUAUUUCAAAAUAAAAGCUCCUCACAAAAUAACACAAACAUUAAAUAUAAUCACAGUCCACAGUAGGUUAGUGCUGAAGUAGCAACAGUAAACUCCCUGUACGUCUAACAACAUUCACAUGUCCAUGUUUAUAUUUGUGACAAUCACUGUUUUUUAGCAGCUUUAGUAAUGUAGAUAUCUCUGUGGAAUACUAGUUUAUAUUUAUAGUGCUGAGUAAUAUUUGUAGGGAUUGUUGUAUAUGAAUAGCAGAAGCAAACACUGGAAUGAAGACGAUUGAGAGAUGAAACACAUCAGUAGGUUUUAGUGCCUGUAUUUGCUUUGGCUAUCUUCGCAGUUAGUGAAGGAGUGUGUAUUUAUUGUCACACCUCACUUCACUGGGAGACAUGAGCCAGCUGGCACAGAGACUUGCAGCCAUGUUUUCUUCUUAGGACAUAAGGCUUGGCUUCCUCUUCGGAGGCUGAGGGACGCACACAACACACAGCAAAGCCUUGGAUGCUGUGAGAGCAAUACUGACGCUUGGUUGUCACAUGAAAAUCCCCAGGUAUUUAACAGCACUGGUAUUAUCUGCUUAGAAAUGCUUCUUAAAAAUUACGCUUCCUGUUGAACCUUACUGUAGCUUUUCCUUUUCCUCUUACAGCUGGGAGAAUUAAUUAUAAGCCAUACACAGACAUUAUUCAAUGACUUUUAGGUUUACGUAUUUUAAUUUAUUAAUGAAGAACAAAUGUCCAUGGUAGAUGGGGUUUAACCCAGACCAGGAAUAAUGACAUAUGCAAUAAAAUGUUUCAAUUGAAUUAAGUGAUGUGGUCGUGAUGUUAAGUUGAGUAUGAUGCU